UCACCACGUCGCUGCGUAUCUGAUGACGUAGACAAAGGGCCGCCCGGAAGCCAGUUGGGGAUACAGCCUUUUCUUCCGCGUCGCGUCGUCGUUCCCUUUUAAAACAGCGAGAAAGUCAACAUUUGAGCACCUUUUCCUAUUUAAAAACCAACACAUCGACGGCGAGUUACUGUCAUGGCGGGGGAGAGGCUCUUUUAGCGGCAGAGGAAGAGUUAAAACUCCGGACAGGAUCGAGACCAGACCGCAGCCCGCCAUGAGGUGACGACCGCAACGUCGUGUACUUCUGCUCUCUCGGACACAUGGCCAGGAUCACUGUGUCCUGCCUGCCGGCCUCCUGGUACUGCAGCGCGUCCCCGCUGUCUCUGGGCUGCGCCCCCCGGCAGAGGCUGCUCGUCCUGCUGCUGCUCUUCAUCGCCUCCGCCCUCCUUCUCCUGGGGACCUACCAGCGGCGGCUGUGGAGCGCCCAGCGCCGGCCCGGGGCCCACUUCAACAAGUACCUCACCAUGGCCGAGUCCAUGGAAGCCACCGACGUCCUCGACCCCGCCCUCAACUACGGCAUCGUGGUGGACUGCGGCAGCAGCGGCUCCCGGGUCUUCGUGUACUACUGGCCCCCCCACAACGGGAACCCCCACACGCUGCUGGACAUCAGGCAGAUGAAGGACCGGGACCACAAACCUGUCGUCAAAAAGAUCAAACCUGGUAUCUCCACUCUGGCGAACGUACCGACGCAGGCCAGCGACUACCUCCACCCGCUCCUCAGCUUCGCCGCCGCUCACGUCCCAAGGAACAAACACAAGGAGACGCCGCUCUACAUCCUCUGCACCGCCGGCAUGCGGCUGCUGCCCGAGAGCCAGCAGUCGGCCAUCCUGGACGACCUGGUCACCGACGUUCCCCUGGAGUUCGAUUUCCUGUUCUCCCGCUCGCACGCCGAGGUCAUCUCCGGGAAACAGGAAGGCGUGUACGCGUGGAUCGGCAUCAACUUCGUCUUGGGCCGCUUUGAUCACGCCGAUGCGGAGGACGCCACGGUUGAGGUGACAACGGGGUCUCAGAACCAGAAGCCGAUGAGCCGGCGGCGCACGGUGGGCAUCAUGGAUAUGGGCGGAGCUUCUCUUCAGAUCGCCUACGAGGUGCCCGGCGCCAUCACCUUCAGCUCGCCGCAAGAAGAGGAGGCGGGGAAGAGCGUCCUGGCAGAGUUUAAUCUGGGCUGCGACGUCGAGCACACACAACACGUGUACCGAGUCUACGUCACCACGUUCCUCGGCUUCGGAGGAAACAUGGCCAGGCAGCGAUACGAGGACCAGCUGGUCAACAACACACUCGCCAAGAACAGGUUUCUCACCGCUCAGACGGGCCUGAGCGAGGACAAGCCGUACCUGGACCCCUGUCUUCCCGUGGGGCUGUCGGACAGAGUCGUCCGGGACAACCGCACGCUGUACCUGAGGGGACAGGGCGACUGGUCCCGGUGUCAGGAGGCCGUCCGUCCCUUCCUGGGCCUCCACAACGGCACCAUGUCACCAGGGGGCGUCUACCAGGCUCCCAUCAACUUCAGCAACAGUGAGUUCUACGGUUUCUCCGAGUUUUAUUACUGUAUGGAGGACGUGCUGAGGAUAGGAGGACAGUACAACAGCGACAAGUACUCCCGAGCUGCCACGGACUACUGCUCCACCAAGUGGUCGACUCUGAAACAGCGUCUGGACAACCAGCUCUUCUCCCAGCAGGCCGACAUCAGCAGACUCAAGAAUCAGUGCUUCAAGUCGGCCUGGAUGUACGAGGUGCUGCACUCUGGGUUCCGUUUCCCCCCCGACUACCCGAGCCUGAGAACCGCCCAGCAGGUCUACGACAAGGAGGUGCAGUGGACUCUGGGGGCCAUCCUGUUCAAAACCCGCUUCCUGCCUCUCAGGGACCUGCAGCAGGAAACCCUGCGCCAGAACCACCCCAGCUGGCUGCGCUCUUCUUUCGUCUACAACCACCAUCUGUUCUCCCUCUGCAUCCUGGUGGUGGUGCUGGCCAUCCUGCUGUACAUCCUCCGCCUGCGGAGGAUCCACCAGCGGGAGCAGCGUCAGGCCGAGGCCCUCAACCUCCUCUGGGCCGAGGAGGGGGAGGCCCUCCUCCCCUGAGAGGCGCCGUCCUCCGCUCGCCCGAUGAUACGCGAAACCCGCCGUGGAAGCACGAGACCCCGAGAGCACGGGAGCAGUUUAAUGAGCCUGGAAAUCAAACGCCUCUCUAGACUCUCUUUGAUCAUGCAGCUUUAAACACGGGGCCCAUCUCACACUGGAAACGUAUACUUUGGGUUCGCUUUCCUCUCGUCGAGGCAACUCCGGAUGAAAAGAGCCAUCCUGCUUUACGGGAUCAAACCACUCUCUCCUUUUCUUUUUUUUCUCCUUUGAUCUUGACAGUUAACCUGGGUUUUGUGUGGCUGAGGAUGGAAGUUAAGCUGAAUAUUCAGCACCUGUGAGGCAAAAAAGCAGCUGAUUCAUUCAUAAUAUUCUCAACCACCCAAAGCUUUAGUUCAUGCGACAGUACAUCAAAAGCCAUCUCUUCCAUAGACGGUAUUAAUACGGACGCGGGCACGGCUCCUCUAAUGUGAAGCCAAAGCAAGCGGAGCUCCCCCUGGUGGCUGGAGGCUGCAGAAUAGGUCAUAAGCCACGCCUCCUCCAAGUUAGUGGGCGGGAUUUGGGUCAAACUAAAACACUAAAAUAUACACGUCAGUAUAUUUUUUUUAAAGGAUGGUUUCUAUCAUAUAUUAGUUAACAUAAUGCUGACGCAUGUUAAAGUGCCAACAUUUUGUUUAAGUUUUGUUUUAGUUUGUUUUAAAACCAAAGGUAAAGAAAAAAUUUUCACGCAAAUUCACGUGUGUGGAAAUUUUUUCUUUAUCUUUGGAUGUUUGUUUUUUUCCUUGACAAAGACUCGGCCACGUUUAGGCGGCAUGUCCUCUUACAGCUUAUUUUAAAAUGAAAUUUGUUUUAUUUAGUACAUUUGAUGCUGACGUGACAUAACGGCGACCACCAGUUGCCAUGGCAACUGCUCCGUAAAGCAGACCCGUGGGACAUUCCCUUGUAACUGGUGUAGUUAGAGCGGAGUAUGGUAUUAAUUCAGUGAAAAUGCGGGUGAGUCUGGAGAAGGUGUGGGCGGGUCAUAGACGUCGUGGCUCCGCCCCCCGGACACUACGCCGCCCAGUUACCCGGGAAAAUAGCAUCAGUUUGGCCAAUGCAAGGAAGUGAGGAUGCAUCGUCCAUAUUUAUAUACAGUCUAUGGUGUCUUCACCCUUAAAGCUACGCUAGUAUGUCAUCAGGCACUCGUCCCACGAGAGCUGGUCGGUUUAGGUUUAAUUAGCUUGAUUAAUGAGCUCUGGCUGAACGCGGCGCUAACAUCUGCGUUUAAUUCUCCCAGAUAAGUUUCGGGAUGGAAUCCGUUACGUCAGCGUGCAUAGUAGUUUGACGCUCUGGAUCAAAUUAGACAUUUCCUGAGUUUGCAAUUUUUCCCGCCCAACAUAUUCGGAGACAUUUAAUAAGCGCACGUUAAAAACAUUUAGCAGCAGCAAGGAUUCAGACCAGACGUCUUUAAAACGUAAUUCACAAUUUAGUAGCGACGUAACUCAUUACUAAAUCGACGACACCAGCUCCAAUAUAUCGGACCGAAUUUUAUAUAAGAGCUAGCGACGCUAACAUUAGCAUGGUCAUGGGACUAUGGGAGUGCAAUGGGUCCGUUUUCCACAUUGCCAUGCUAACGUCGCCCUGAAUAAGUCGCAUUUAAGAAGCGCAGCUGACUGGACGGAGGAAACACAGAGGAUUUAAAAGCAGCGGUAGGACGCUGAAGAUGAACUCUCUCACCCCACCAGUCAUGAGGACUUUAAAAUAGCAAACAUUCCCCAGUCACCUGAGCGGGGAAGUACCAGAGAACAGUUUAGGGAUUGUUUGACUCGGUUGUCCUACGUCGUAGUGUCCAGAUCGCUGCCUGAAUGUGAAGGUGGGUGAACCAAUUGUCUCCAUCUUGGAUCAGUGUUGGACUCACACUCUAUAUUUUAUAUGAUUUAAAUCAGGUAGAGUCGGCACGAAUGGAAAAGUUAGCGACAAAAACCAAAACUGAUUUGCUUUUUUUUUUUUUAUUGUUUGUUUUUUUGUUACGGGCUGUAAACAUGUUUAUUUCUGCUGUAAAAUAGACCAUCGUAGCAGGUAGACACCCUCAAGUGGCCGUUUGAGGAACUGCAGCUUUAAGCCACGUUGUAAUCAGCUCCAUCUUCCAUCCUCGGCGGUUCCUUCAUUAUAUCCUCCUCCUGCAAACAAACGAGUUUGAGUUUGCUUCAAUUCAGACGUUUAGAGACCGAGCUGCUCGUCUCCUGGUCCAGCACUCAGCCGUCAGAGAGACGAACGAGGCGGCUUCACAUUCCUUCGAGGUUUCCUCGAGAGCUGACCUGCAGACGGACGAUCUCGUCCUCAGAUUGUGCUGCUUUCAUACUUGAAUGCCCCCGUUGUCCUGGAGGGCGUUUUUUCUUUUUUUUUUUUUUUUUUUUUCGUUAGCUGAAACGAGCAGAGAGACGUCCUCUGUGUGUCUGUGUGAAGGCGCUGAAAGCAGAUGAGGACCCUGGAGGCCUGAUUGUAAGCAGAUGCCGUCCGAAUUUUUUUUUUUUUGAAAAAGCAAUAACUGAGAGGAAGGAGGAGGAGGAACUCGUCUUACGGCUCGGGGGCCAGGAUGGAUGCUUUCUUUUAAGGAGAGAUAAAACUUAUUUCAUUCCAUUGUUGAAGUUUAGUUUUUCUGUCCACGGAGUCGUGUUACGUGCCGACAGAUUGAUUCGGAUCUGUAACAAACCAUGACGAUGCAAAUACGCGUCUGAGCAGCACCUGGUUAAACUUCCUGAGGAGAUGUUUUAAACUCAUUUUAGUUCGGGGGGGUCGAAACCAGUAAGAUACCAGCAUAAUAACCUACAAGUGACGACGACUCCAGAUUUAUUCCAUUUGUUUUAGUGCAAAGAAGAAAAUGAGGAGAAAGUUUACAUGUAAUAAUAUGUCCUUGUCUUCUCUUAUGAAACAGUUUACAGAUGAGGGAUAACGGUUAUUUUCAAUUUGCAACCUUCUGUGUAAUUUUAGUUUGCAAAUUCACGCUGUGGACCGCGUUAGACCCUCCAGCAGACCGCCUUUGGCCCGCGGGCCCCAUGUUUGACUCCCGUGUUUAACGGCAUCGAUCCCACAGUUGUGGAUAGAUUUUGUUAUUUUGUUCAACUUAAUGCGCGGGGCGUGAUUCAUCAUAUAAAAAAAAAAAAAACUCUGUUGUUUCUAAAGAAAAAUAUGCUUUGUAAUUUUAUUUUAUUUUUUAUGUUCUCCUUCCCUUUUUGUCAGUGUGCUUUUGUCGAUUUUGUCCCAUCGGAAAUACUUUUCGGUCGGUAGCGGGACACAGCGGCCAAACCCCUCGAGUGAUUCCCCUCUUCUUCUCCCUCACGCAUCCGUCCCGGCGCGAGCUUCGGGGCGUCUUCUAUGGACAAAGGGCCGAUCGCCAUCGUUUCCAGAGCUGGGCAUUGUGCAAUGUUGAACAGUAAUUCACUGAAAGAGAGACUUGAUUUGUAAUGAUUUUAGCGGAGGUACCUUUUAAACGUAAAUGUGAACAGAAACGAUUUCAAUAAAAUCCAAUAAAAGGGUUCAUUUUGUAAUAAAAAAAAAACAAGUGGUCUUGACUUUGUGGUGUUAAACCCUCUUAUUGUCUCUUGCUUCAUGUUUAAUCAUUUUUCCUAACUUAAAAGUUUGAAGGUUUAUACGGGUUUAUUAGAAUAUCUUCUUACAACUUGAGUUAGAAAAGUUUCAUCAUCUGUUAGAAACCUGGACGUCUGCAGCUCCUCAUCUAACAGCUCACUGUGGCCGCCCCUCAGUCGCCUUCGGCUUUUUGAUGAACAAUGUGAGCUCCACGACAAAAAAACGAACAACUUCAUAAUAAAACUCUUCGCUUUGCCAGUUAAUUUGCGUAAACUAACCCGUUUAAACUGAGCCUGUCGUCGGGGUUUAUUACAAUUACAGCUAGAGAUUUGUCCGGUUUGUGAUUAAUGGAGGUUUAUAAUAGAGUGUUUAUUCUUGUACUACUCUUGUUAGUUUUUGUGUGACGUGCUUGGCAGGACUUCUCUCCACUGUCUUAUGAACAAACUGCAGCCAACGUCACCGCAGGGAAAAACGUCCAAUUUCUGAACCGCUGCUUUGACUUUUACCAAAUAAUUAUCCAUCAGCCGUCGAGGAGCCGGUGAAGCUGCUAAAUGUUUGAGGGUGAAACCGUUUCGCGCUUUAAAAUUAAAAUUUAAAAAUGACACUCGUUCCAUUUCCGAAGUUUAUUUUCUGCUUUCGUACGCGGAGCUGAGAGCGUCCGCGUGCUCAGAGCGGCUGCAGUGAUAUUUAGAUUAAAAAAAAGUGUAAAUAUCAGUGCAUUGUGCAACGAAAUGUCAACGCGAGUGGCAUUUAGUCUGGGGUAGAUAACAGGGGCGGACCUGUGGAGAAAAUGUCUCAGUCUGUGGACGUGCAGGUCAAAAUGAAGCUUUAAUUCUAAUGGUAACGUAGCAACAGGGAGAUAAUUCAGGCGGCCUGAGUUAAACUUCCUCAUCUUCCUCCUCCUCCUCUUCUUUUUACUUAUUUCUUCUUCUCCUCUUCCUUCUUUCUGAUUUUCUCCUUCUCCUCGUCCUCUUUUCUGUCGUUCUCCUUCCUUCUUCUCCUUCUCCUCCCAUUUUGCAGGUUUCAUCCCACUCAAACUGGUUCACCAGAUCGGACCCUCUGGUGAACCAGUUUUGGCCCACGUGCCGCAUGUUUGACCCCAUUAUCUGGUGGAAUAAUCCACUCAAACUAUUUUAGGUUUCUUCUUCUUUUCUUUUUUUUUAUUAUUAUUCCAGUUUAUAUUUCCACCAAUCAGUACGUUUAUUUAUUAUUAUUAUUAUUAGUUUUAUACCGCGGUAAAAAGAAAAAAGAAAAGCUCCAUAUUUAAUAUUUAUCUGAUCUGGCUGGAAGUCUUUGGAUGGAUUUCCCCUCACAGGGUUUCUGUCGUCACAUCUGUUUAUGUUAAAUCUGGACUAAUCCAAAAAAAUAACACACGUCCCACAAACUGGCUCGUUGUGGUCGUCUAUCCCGGCUGUUUAUAUUAAUGGUUUGAAACUCUCCUGCACCCAAACCCAGUGACUUCUAUGAUCGCACAUUAAAUCUGACAAUGUCAGAUCCGUCCAUGACGGAAGACUGGCUUUACACCGAUCAGGCAUAACAUUAUGGCCACCCUAGGGGGGUGCUGCAUGUCUAAAUAAACCACAUGAAUGGAUAAAAGGCCUUUGGGUUCUUGAAGUGUCAUAAGAUGGUUUAAAUGUAACGUACUUCUCCUGUCAGUGGUCAUAAUGUUGUGGCUGAAUUGGGUGCAUAUGUUAAGAUACGUGUAGUGUGACCCUUUCUCUCACUUUUGCUCUUAACUGAAGUGUAUACGGUCAUUUGUGAUGGAUAAAGAGUCAGUUAUAGACGUCAUAGAGUUACGGACAGGGACCACAGGUGUAGUUCAUCACGUAAACUCCACUCAACCAGAAACUCGUUCAUAGAUUCAGAUUGUUUUUCUUUAGACAUAUAUUAAUAUCCCCUGUUUUAAAAUGACAGUAUAAACUUUGACGCAGCUUUUUUUUGGGAACUAACCCUUUAAAUAAAUCGGGUUCAGUGAGUUUUGCUCAGGGCAAAAAAAAGAAAAAGAAAAAAAUCUGAAUUGGAAAUGUGCCACGUCUGUGAUUAAUGAAGGUUUUCAACUGUAGACACAGUAAUUAAAACACAUUGUUCAGUUGUAUACGACAAACCUUAACCUGAACAAAAACACUAUAUAUACUUACUGUUCAAGUUCAUUGUACGUAUCUGUCCUUUAUUUCUUUCUCUAAAUUCUUUACUCCGAAAGUCUAAUUUAUGUUUUUCUAGUUUUUUUUACACUUCAUUUUUUUAUGCUUAUUUAUUUACGUGGUUUAUGUUGAGACGAAUUCCUUGUAUGCGCACACACACACUUGGCCAAUUAAGGCUGGUAUUUACAAUGAAAUGAUGUGACAUCUUCUUUCUUAUGUGACAGCGUAAUCCUGUUUCACCUGCGUAAUCUACAAACCUGCCACUUAAACAUGUUUGAUGACUCAAAAAACAAGUCCUGAAACUGACAAAAUGACCCCGAUCAAACAAAUGAAACAGAAAUAACAAACUUGUGCAUGUAUUUAUUGCAGAUGAAUGAAUAAUUUGUUCAUAUGUGUGAGGUGUAAAGUAAGUGGACCCUUGUUUCCGGUAUCUGCUGUGAGCUCCUAAAUGUUUCUGGUAACUGCUGAUCAGUGUCGACAGCAGCUUGGAGGAGUUUGAUCCGAUUCCUCAGAACAGAACCACUUCAGUUCUGAGAUGUUUGUGGUUUCCUCUCAUGAACUGAUCCCACAACAUUUUUUACUGGAUUCAGGUCAGGACUUGUUCCCAAACAUUCAUCUGGUUCUUCUUUAACCGUUCUUCUCUAGAACCACUUGAUGUCCCGACAUUUUCUUUUAGAGUUCACUGGUAGAAUUCAGAUUUCAUCGGACCAGAUGCAGCAGAACAGGUCCAAACCAGGACGUUAGCGCCCCCCAUGUUUCAUGGAGGGAUGAGGUUCUGAUGCUGGAAUGCAGCGUUGGUUCAUCUCCAAACACGACGCCUCUCAUUUUAAACCAAACCAUUUCAUCUUAUUACACUGACUGGAAACACUUCUGAACAGAUGGCACUCCAAUUUGCUCUGAAAUUAACUUGUAAUCCUGGAGGUGGCACUUACUUUUGCGACUCACAGAUAUAUAAUUCUGUCUCAUUUUCCCGAAUAAACAAAUGUGCAUGCAUAUUUCUGUUUCAUCUAUUUGAUUGAGUUUUCUUUCGUCUACUUCCCGCUGACGUUUUAAGCUGCACUUCACGUGUGAACCGGUGGUUCCUACGUGGGAAGGUAAAUUCUGGCACCUGUGGUCACAAACGGACAAAAAGUCAACACUAAGAAGUUGUAAAAACAUUGAUCGUACAUUGACUUCAGAGAGAAAUCGUCUUGAAACCAUUCAUUAAAAGAACACAGGGACGGGCUUUUAUUUUAAAAAUAUACUUUAAUACAACAGCUGCAUAUAAAUAUUAAAAUAUACAUUAUACAGGUGUACAGUACACUCACACAAAACAAACGAAAAAAAAUAUUAGGCUUCUAUUUGUACGGCACUUCUUGUAUUUUUUUUUUUGUUGUUGUUUUUGUUUAUUUUAUUUCAUUUUUUUUUUAACUAUUUUUCAUAAAGGUUACUUACUGACAAAGGAGUUGUACAUAACGAUGUGUUAAUGUGUUAACAGGUCCAAAGUAUUACUGUAGUAUUGUGAUUACUGAAAGACAGACAGAGGAGGAAAAGAAAGGGUUUGCUGUACAGUAUAUGACACGGCGUUGUGGAAUGUUUGCUAGUCUCUUGUUUUUUUUUUUCUUUUUCUUUUUUCUUUUCCUCCCGGCAUCCAGCAUGUUUUCAGACAGAUUAAGGAACCAGCAGGGAGGAGAUUACUCCGUCUUUAUUCUCUCCACAUGACUUUUUUUAUUAUUAUUAUUUAUUUAUUUUUUUUUGGUUUUCGACUCGCCAUUGAUAUCUCGACAGAAACGACUACUGACUCGGUUUUGGUCGAAGCCGCGAGGCGCAUCGUAUCAUCGCGGAUCAUCUUUACAUCUGCACCGCAGAGCUGAGCAUCUGUGUGUGUUUUUGUUUUGUUUUGUUUUUAAAAUCUCUGGCCACCCGCCAAGAGGCAAAUGCACAGAUUUUUUUUUUUUUUUUUUUUGUCAGGCUGCCAAUCGUGUAGUGAAAAGGAAAUAAAGAUGCAAAGAUUAGAUGAGUGAACGCAAAACCGCAUGUUUACAUUAUAUUUGUUGUGAUAACGUGGAAUUUAGCGCAAAAAAUCAUGUAGACCUUCACAGAUCGUGGCAUGGUUUCUUUCUCAAAGAUGUUUUUUUUUUCUUUUUCUUUUUUCAACUCAUAUCCAUUCGACUUCUGUUGAGUUGCAGACUUUUAAGCAUCUCGCCCCAUGAUUGAUAAUCACUACCGGUAGGUACCGGAUCGGCUCGGGGAGUAUUCGGCGCUUCUAGAUGACGUCACUUAUAUGUUCGGAAUGUAUGUUCGGCUCGGACCGCGAGGUCGAUCCGUGGUUAGAAAACACGAGUUUAUUUUUUUAUUUUUUUUUUUUUUUCCACAAUAUUUUUGUAAGAGAUAGUAUAAAGAUUCGCAUUUUUAAUUUUCCACAAAAAACAAAUAAAUUAAUAAAAAGACAAAAUAAUUCGAGUUCCAGCCACUCAUUUGUAAAGUAGGCGCAAAACAGAUUUAAAAAGUUUUAUUCUGAAAAAGAUUAAAUAAUGAUACAGUUUUUUUUUACCAAUUUAUCCAAAGAAUAAAUUAAGGACAAAACGACAACCGCUAACCGCUAAAACUGCUAACCUCUCUGCUGACCUAUUAUAAAACGCCACGUCACCAACCCUAACGACUACGUGACGUCAUCUGGAAGCGCCGGAUACUCCCCAAGCCAAUCUGGUGCCUACACAAGUCCAACUAUCUCUACCCCAAAAACACAGUGGCAGAACGUCUCAUUUUAUUUUUAUUCAGCAUCCUUUUUUUUUUAUUCUUUUUUAUUUUUUAUUCUUUUAAGAGAUGCAAGGUAGAUAAAAACAGAUGUAAAGCUCUUGUGUUUUAAACGUAACGAUAAGACACGAGGGGCUCUCAUCUAAGCAGAGCCAGCUUCCUCCACUUCAGCUUCACUGAACCCAAGGUCUAAACUUACACCCCCCCCCCCCAUCUGACUCCUUCCCAGAUCAAUGAGAACAGAGACGAGGGAGGGGAUCAAGAUUCAGGCUCAACCGGUGUAACUGCUAGCGUGUGACAGCAGGGGCAGGGGCAGGGGCGGAGGCGGCGGUGGGGUAAAAGGUUUUGGGGCAAAACUGCUCGGAGGCCCCCGCCCCACCCCCUGACUAAGUGCUGCCGCUUCCCCAGCCUCCUCUGCCCGGUGGCCCUUCUCCUUUGAAACGGGAGAAGCCCGAGUGUCUCCGACAAUGCGAGCGCCGGAGUGGAGUGGGGACGGGCACCCGGAGGUCAGCGGCGUCCCACCAGUGUAGGUUUACCGAUGGGGCUAUUCAGCCCGGCACGUCCGCGCCACCUCGACACCUGAACCAUAAAAAAAAAAAAAAGAAACUACUAGAGUCAGAGGAAAGCUGGAGGACCGACCUCCAUCCACCUAGACUCAGUUUAUCGUAGACUCGAGCUCAACACAGCAGCGCAGAACGUCAGGACAGUCCCAAACCCAAAUAUACUCAAUGUACGAUUAUAUAAAAACAGAGAACGACAGCGAAGCCGGAAACAGAAACUGAUAAUUAUCUGAUAUUAUCAGAAUUGUCGCAGGUCAAAUAUCGACUGGAGGCGUUUUUUUUUUUUUCCAAUCCAACCUCAACUUUGUGCUUAAACGACACCAAAUCAAAAAUGAACCCACUGCGUUUAUGCUGCGCUUCGAGUGGACACUCGCAGCAGAUUUUCAUCCGUUAUCGCCCAGAGACGACUGGGAGGCUCGGUCCGUCUGUGUGCAUUUGUCCGAGAGUGUUUCAAACUACAACAGAGCUCCAUUUACACGUGUGUGUCUCUCUCAGAAAACAGCCAGCGAGGACAUCAGGUCCACCAGGACUGUUUACUCCUCUGCCCCCCGCAGACGGCGACACCCAACGAGGAAGCAACUCAGAUAACAAUCGUCCAGUUUCUGCAGAGUCAUUGUCCAUAUUAGGCCAGAGCCGGCCGCGCCGGUAGGCCCACAGCGUUGCUUUUGUACUCUUUUAAAAAAAACCCCAGCUGUUCCUCCUGCUGACCCCGGGGCCCGGCGGCCUCGCCCCGUCGUGACAACAGACGAGGGAAAGAAAAAGAAAAAGAAACACCAAAAAAAAAAAAAAAAAGGCAGCUGACGUCUUGGAUUCACGUCACUUUUCCACUCACAGAUCUGAAUCCUGCUCCCAGGUGCUCAUAAACAGAAGCUGGAUUCUGGGAAACUGAAUCAGGAAUGUGAGCGUAGAGACAAGUGGCCUUGCCAAGACUGGCCCCUCCCCAAUAAAGCUUUGCAGUUAAAGGGAUAUUCCACAAUACAAAAAAAAUUAAAAUUAAAAUAAUAAUAAUAAUAGUAAAUGCUACAGUAUCAGCUCAGGCGCCCACGAGUGCUCACUAGUUCUGGAAAACUGUUAUUUGUAGUUUGGAUUUGAGGCAGGAAUUCACUGCGCUACAACAGUUUUUUGGCAUAUCGAUGAUCGUACGCGACAGAUGGUGUUCGUUACGUGAAGCCACUUGUUUGUUUUUUUUGGAUUUUUUUUUUUUUUUUUUUUUUUGGAGGAAGGAAAAUAUCGAGACAAACUUCGAGCAUUCAAAGUGGAAUCUCUCCCGAAUCCAAACACACACUUUAACCCUCGAGGGACAUGUGCGGCUGUUCUCUGGCCUCGUCAUGGAAACCAAAUGUUUGAUUAUUACGGGGGAAUUUUAACCCUUUAUUUGCUAGUGUUUGUGACGGCAACACAAAAAAAUAAUAAUAAAAAAAAAAUUCAAUAUUUUCAAUGAUCUGAAACUGGAUUUUUUUUCCUUUGGUUGGAUUAUUACCGACUUGGAUAAAUCAGUGUUUUGAUUUUUAAAAAUAUUUAAGUCGUCACUGGGGAGAAAAGAGUCCUCUUCCAAAAAACGCCAUAAAAGUAUAUUAUGUUAAAAAGUUUUUAACUUUCAUGAAAACCAAAUGUCAGAUUAAUUUGGGGGAUUUUAACCCUUCACACGCCAGCGUUUGUGACGACGUCGCACAUCUUUCCUGAAUUUUUUUAUUUAUUUAUUUUUUAAAAUCUUUAAUAAUGAUAUAAAUGCAAAGUUGAAUUUUCUUGGGCGUGGGGAAGGAAUAUAUUACCGUCUUUGAUAUUCUAGUGAUUGGUAACAAGACUGAUUAUCUUAUUUAUUUAUUUUUUUUUGUAGUGUCACAUUUUCAAAAAUAUAAAGCCGUUAACACUAAAAGACAAAAGUGUCCUCUUUACAAAUGCCAUAAAAUAGCAUAAGUUAAAGUUUCUUUCUUUGAUUUUUUCUUUCUAGGGAAAAGUUUCCAUCGGGGAGAAAAGUGUCACCUUCAAAAAAUGACAUAAACGCUUACGUUGAUUAAUUUUUUUCUACUCUUUGUUUGUUUGUUUUUGUUUUUUUUACAUAAAUCUUUUAAUCAACUUCAAUCCCGAUCAUGAAUACCAAAUUUUUGAUUAAUUUUGGGAAUUUUUUUCCUUCGUAUGCCAGUGUUUGUGAUGGCAUCAAAAAAAUUCUUGAGGUUAUUUCAAUUUUUGUCUUUUAUGUAUUUAUUUGUUUUUAAUGUAAGUGCAAAAAAUGCCAUAAAAAAUAGCUUAUGUUAAUAUAUUUUCCAAAUCGUUUAAUUAACUUCAAUCCCGAUCACAAAUGAUAAACCUUUGAUUAAUUUCAUAAUUUUAACCCUUAAUUUCUUUUUCUCCUGACCUUGUUUUGAUUAUUGUUUUAAAUUAUCACAGUAAAAAAAAAAAUCCCAGGUUCUUGUGGAAACAUUUAAGAGGCCUCAGUGGCACCAGAGCCUCCUGCUGCUGCUUGCAUUAGGCAUCUUUUUCUGUAUAUAUUUUUCUAUUUUUUUUUUUUUUUUUUUGCAAAGCCACAUAUUAUCUGUGUUUGCGUAAAAAAAAAAAAAACUCUAUUCGCUACGACUCCACACCGAAGCCAUUCCAGCUGAGCGACAGGAAUCCUCUUGUUUACAGUACAGAUUUAUAUUCACGCAGUCAUGACUAACACUUGCCAGAAUUUAAAAAAAACAAAAAAAAAAACAAAACAAAACAGAAACUAAAAACAGGAGCAGCACAAGGACAAGAGCGAUCAGCCUCGGACACUUGAAUCAGUAAAAAAAAAAAAAAAAAAAAAAAAAA